AUGGGGUUUCCUAAGAGAAGUAAAAGAAAGAACUCUUGGAAUUCACUUUCUCCGCUUGCUAGUAUUUCUCCCUUACCUUGGUUGUGUAUAGGAGAUUUCAAUUAUCUUCUUUAUGUGUCAGAUAAGAGGGGUGGUGCUGAGCAUCCUAUGAGUCUUUUAGAUGGUUUUCGUGAUACAAUUGAUCGUUCUACCCUUAUCGACAUUCCUCUAUGUGGGCAUCAGUUUACUUGGGAGAGGAGUCGGGGGUCAGAUAGGUGGAUUCAAGAAAGGCUUGGUAGGGCUAUGGCUACAAAAGAUUGGAUGAGCUUAUGGCCGAGGCAUAAACUUUUCAGUCUUGUUUCUACGGUAUCGGAUCAUUCCUCUGUUCUUCUAGUUCUGGAUUAUGGCAGUUGCUCUUAUGGUGAGAAGAGGUUCAGGUUUGAAAAUGCUUGGCUAGCUAACUCAAACAUCCAUCUUGUUGUUGAGGAGAGUUGGUCAGCUUCCCCUUCUUUUGAUCUCUUGUCGCAUAUAGAGAGGUGUGGUAAGGCUUUGCACGAGUGGGGAAGACGUUUAAAUGGGAAUCAGCUUAGUAGAAUUCAGAAUAGUAUGGAUGAAGAUUCGAUUGCUCAGUUUGUCACGUUGCAAAAUGAUCUCAAUUCUCUUAUUUCAUGA